AUGGAUUAAGUUGACUUGUCCCAAACUUUAAAGAAACUUAUCGAGUGGAAAAACUCAUCUCCAACAACUCUCUAUAAUCUAUUGGACUUAAUAGGCACUUAGAAUUUCAACUCCAACAGAAUUGUGCAUCAGAAAUUCUUAUAAGCUGUCUAAAAGUUAGCCCAAUUGCAUGAAAUACCUCCAAAUAGCAUAUAUAAAUCGUAUGAUUACGAGAAAAUGAUAGAUAAAGCUAAAUCCAUCCUUAAAAUAUUGAGAUAACCCUUACAAAUGGAAGUGGAAAAGGAUAAACCAGAACCUAUGAAAAAAUAUAAUUUAUUUGCUGGAUACCAGUAGCAAUUCACAGGAUACGUAGAUAGAAUAUAGAAUCUGAAUCUCAUUAGCAAUCUAAUCUUACACAUAUUCAAGAACUGGGAUCAAUCAAAUAAGGAGCAAUUAAUUUCAAUUGACAAAAUCAAAGAAGUUACUAUAGGUUUAGAGAAGGAAAUUUAUUUGAGGAAUGUUUUCAAAGACUCAAAAAAACUGGCUUAUGAAAUGGAUAUCAAAACCUUAGUGCAAUUUAUGAAAAGAGAUAAGUCUGGAGAUGUGCUCAUACGAGUAUUCAACAAAAGUCUCUCCUAUCAAUAAGCUGCUUAAUUGAAAUCUGAGGAUUGGAUUGAUGAAAAAACAAAACUGAAUCAAAAGGUAGCCCAAAAGGAAGAACUAGAAAUUAAUUAGAUUGGAUUUUACAAGGAGGUUUCAAAAAGAGAAAUGGAUGGUGUCGAAGGGAAAGAGUGUAAAGGAUGCCACUAAAAAAAAGUAUAUCUAGUUGAUGAAAAAUAAACCAGAUGUGCAGAUGAACCUACUACUAAGUUUUUUGAAUGCUUUAAUUGCGGAGAUAAAUUUCGUAUUUGA